UUUUAUUAUAAUGGACAGCGGGCGAAUUCAGCAGACGCUUCAGGCACUCGAGUUGAUCUACGGGGCCAGCACAACGGUGGAGCAGCGGCGUGAAGCCGAGGCGCUGUGCGAGCAGGUGAAGGAGUCUGAAGAGGCGGCGCUGGUUGGCGUGCAGCUCUCCCAGCGGCAGCACGGGUAUCCGGCGAUGGCACGGCACUUUGGGCUCCGGCUAAUCGAAGACUCGCUGCGCAGUCGGUGGAGCGGCGGCAAGCCCAGCAAGAACAAAAAGCGGCUGACGCUAAACGACGGCGUGAUGCUGCGCGACCACCUCUGGCAGAUGCUCUUGCAGUCAAGCCAGAACACUGAGCCGCAGUAUAUCCGGGAAAAGCUGGUCAGCGUGUUUGUGAUGCUGGUGGUGCGCAUGUGGCCGUCGAGUACAUGGGUGGACCUGAACUCGCAGAUGAUGCAUCUGUAUAUGCUGUCAGGGGAGCACCGGGUGCUGGCGCUGAGGAUCUGGCAGACACUGGGUGAGGAGGUGUUUGUGUAUGAGAACGACCCGUCGGCGGCCGUGCAUAAGAAUGAUCUGACUAUCGGACUAGUCGGUGCAUUGCUGCCCAGACAGACAGUCACCGAGCUUUACCCGCACGGCUACCGGGUUUCGGUGGACAGCACGCCCAGUUUCACUAAGCCCGGGAAGAAGGCGCGCGAGGUUCCGUAUGAGCCCGGGAACGAAGACGGAUGGCUGCUGCGGUGGGCCAAGCAUGCCACGGAGAUUGCGCAGCAUAUGUCUGGCAGCACAGACGACCAAGACCUGCUGGUAAGCAUGCUCGAUGCCAUCUCGGUUUACCUGGACUGGGUGCCGGUGCGGGCGCUGGCAGCAAUGCAGAUGAUCCCGUGCUUGGCCGACCUGCUGCGUGUGCGCAGCGAUACGGUGCGCAGACGGGCAGCCAGCUGCCUGGAGACGAUCUCCCGCCGCAACGUCACUGUGGGCGAGUACCGCGACACGAUUCUGCUCGAGUUCGCCAGCAACGCAGCGGUCCUGGGCUCGAUGGCGCAGGUGUACCUGGGAACAGUGAAGCCUGCGGCUGAAACCGAGUGGGACGACACGGCCGAGGCCCUGUCGGCGGCCAAGACGAUCUCGCAGACGGUGGCGAAUCUGGUGACCAUCCACUGGGCGCGCAAAAAGCUCGACAUUAACGUGUUAGCGAAUCCGCAGCCGCUGAUCGAGCUUCUGCUGGCACUGGGCCGUGACAUGCGCUACACGGUGUCGUCGCAAGCGAUGGCCUGCUGGACAGCCAUUGUCGGGCACCCGGCGCUGAGCAAAGACCCGGUGGUGCUGGGAGCAUUCAGCACGCUGGCCGAGCACACCACCACGAUGCUGUUCAAGGUGUGCCGGGCGUCGCAUCUGGUCGGCGAGCUGGUACAUGGCAAUGACGUGGCCACAGGCAUCGACUCGGACGAGGCCGACCAGUUCGAGUCGCCGGCCGAUCUGCGCAGCUUCCUGUCGAGCGAUGUGCGCAGCCGGCUUCUGGGGAUUCUCCGCAGCACAUGCAAACUGGAGCCCACGGGCUUUGUCCAGUGGAUUCUGCCGUCGCUCUUGCCGGUUCUGGACACGGCACUGACCGGCAAUGCGGACGUCGCGCAGGUGUCAGUGGCUGAGGCCGCGUUUAUCACGGUGGAUACGAUUCUGUCGACUUUGGACGACUACGAGCAGCGAGCAUUAGAGGACGGCGAUAUGGACAGGAGCCUGGAGACAGUGCGGCCGCUGUGCUAUCAGAUCGGCGAAAAGGUCGUCGGGUUCGUCACGGACAAUCCGACGCUGAUGACUAGACAAUUGCAGACGCUGCCGUCGUUUGCGUUCCUGCUGCGGCCGUCGGCCAUGGGAGACGACGGGGCGCGCACAUUGCUGUUCAAUGUGCUGAAGAAAUGCACGUCUUUGUUGAAGGCCCCUGAAGGACCCGCGGCGCGCGAGCUGCGGACGCUGAGCCGCCGGGCCACCGGCGCACUUGUCCGGAUCGCCAUCGCAAUCCCUGAUUCGCUGAUGGUAAUCUACGGGGAUCUCUCGGAUUUGGUGCAGGCGAACCUGAAUGACCCGCAGGUGUCGGAUCCGGUCAAAUGCUACCUGGGCGAGUUCCUGCUGACGCUGAUUGCUGGCGCCUCAUGCAGCCUGUCGAUGCGCAAGGAUCUUGCUGGUGCGGUGAUCCGGCCACUGGUCGAGUCGCUGAAUGAGUUUCUGCCGGCGCUGCAGUCGCCGCAGGAGCUGGUUUCUUUGCUCGGCCUGCCGGCAUUGGACGCCAAUGUGGCUGGCGACAUUAGCAGCGAAUGCAAGGGUGCGAUGGACCGGGCGCGUCGCAAUCGGUUCCAGCUGAUGCACGUGCUGUCCACCCUGCAGGUCUGCCUGACCCGGACUCUGGGCGGCGAUGCCAGCCUCAGCCUGGCGGCCGUGUGGAGCGACUAUGUGUCGGAAGUCGCCCCGGCCGUUCUGAUGCUCAUGCAGUGCUUGCACGCCUUGUGGAACCCUGCCAACUGGCAGCAAUUGCCGUGGCAGUCGGCGCCGGCCCAGAAUCUGUUUGGGCUGCUGGAAUUGUCAUCAAGCGAGAUGUCCAGCCUGACCGGUGCCGUUGCAAGGGAGAGCCAGGAGGCCGACCUGCACUCGGUGGAGAUCCGGGCCAUCCGCCACACGCUGAAUAUGCUGCGCGAGUCGUCCUACCGGUGCAUCGGCUGCCUCGCUCAUUUGCCCGAGCUCUACGAUGCCAAGGUUGUGCCCGACAUCGGCAGUAACUUCGCUGCCUGUCUGUUUGCCGAUGCUGCAGUGAUGACAUCGCGUCACUGGAAAAUGGUGCUGGUCGAGAUCGUCCGGCCAGUGCUUCUGGCCAUCGGCAGCUGGCCAACAACCCGUAAGGACACGGUAAGGAACGUCGUUGCCGAAUUUGUCCAGCCAUGGCUAAUCCCCAUGCUGGCAUUCUGCAGCGAGCGCCUGACCGAACAGUGGUCGGAGAUUAUGCAAAGAAGCUCCAGCGGAGCCGAGCCGUCGGUCGACGAGGAUAUUGUCAGAGAAAGGCUACUGCGCGACUGGACGCGCGCAUUCAGCUCGGCCACUGCCGAUUUGCUCGCAUCUAUGUCCUUGUCGUUCCCGGAGGCCGCGCAGAUCGAGAACGAGCUGGCCAGCUCGGCUCGCAUCACAAUCGGGCAGGACGACAGCCACAGCAAGCGGACUGGCAAUUAUGCUCUGGGUGCGCACAUUCUGCAGACGCCCGAACUAUUCGCCGCCGUACUGACUGCGUCUCUGCACGCAAUGCAGCUCCCCGACACCCACGCCUCGCACCGCACCACCGCGGCACUGGCCAGACUGGCGCCAUCACUGGCAGUGAUCGGUCUUCUCCAGCACUACGCCGUGCCUACGCCCGCCCACGCGUCGACCGUCAACAGCUACCUGGCACAUGUGCAUCCGAGCCUGGUCGACAACAAAAGCGGCGGCACCAUUCUGUCGUCGUGGCUGUGCCGGGAUUUCGUCCAAGCGACUGUCUCUGUCCUGCGCUCGCCGCAGCUGCUGGAUGUGCAGGAUUUGGCCCUGGCGAUGUUUGCUGAUGUUCUGCAUUUCUCGAGCUUCGCCAAGCACAUGCCGGUUAAUUGGAAGCUGCACAGCAAGGAUGUGCCAGACCGGGCGUUCCGCUCCACUAUGGUGUAUUCGAUGGUGCCGGCCAUCACCGAGUCGGGCGUAUUGGGCGAGGACCUGGAAAAGGCACUGGAGAUGAUUGUCGGUGAGGCCGAUGCCAAGCGCCGUAAGGCGCUGUUGCGACUGGCGCUGCUGCCGAUGCUUGCUGUGGAGAAAAGCCAGAUGUUCAGCAAAAAGGCGGAGAAGAAAAAGCAGACGGCGGCGCAAAAUGUCCCGGAGGAGUGGACCACUAGAUCUACCCUGUCGCUGUUCGAUAAUGACGAUGAGUUCAGCCUGGGCUCUAUCAUGCCGUGAAAGACAAUGAAGGCAGUACUGGAGAAUGAGCCCCGUCCCCUUCACAUUCUCCUACCAAAAUUUUUUACAUAUAAAACGUGCAAAUAAAC